AUGGCCACCCGGAAGUUUGCAGCCGCCCUUGUGUUCACUUUUUUGGGGGCUUCUUGGGGCUGUUCUGACGGUGACUCAUGCCGCUAUUGCCAUCUGCCUCACGCGCGGACCAGCCCAAAGCCAGACAAGCAGCGGCGCCUUUUGUUGGAAGCCAUGACAGAUCAGGAGCGCCUCACACUCUGCCUGCCGGAGAUCAAGAGAAAGGCUGCUCCUUUGAACCUGCCGGAAACCGCACUUGUGGUGCACCUGCUGGAGGUGGAGCUUGCCAGCUUGCCCCCACCCGCGAACUUGCGGAAGAACGGCAUGCUGAAGCAGGUGAUCUCUCGGAUGUCCUUCGGGCACUUGGUGGCCAUGAGCAUGUUCCAGUUGCCUUCGCAUGUCCGAGCGGCCCUCCUGGCUCUGAGGCUCCGCAUGCCUCCGUCCAUCAUGCUCUGA